UGCCAUGCCUGUCUCAUCGGCUGGCCCCAUUUAUGUCACGAUUAUCAAGAUCCAUUAUGUUAAUCUAAAGCAAUCUUUUUGAAAGUUUGGACUUUUGUUGACUCGUGUAUUUAUUAUGUAAAAAGUUCCUGCUUUAUCCAAAGGAAAACUCAGAUUAAUUGGUUCAGUUUUAAAAUAUGGACUGAUCUUUCUGCAUUAAGUAUACAGGAGAAUUUACAGUUUACAGUUUUGCAUUUUGAUCUUGAUCAACUUAACAAUUGCGCGACUAAAGUGUAUCUGACUCCCAAACUAUCCGGCACCACUUAAAAAAACUGGUAAGGAAAAAUGUUUCAUAAGCUGCUCGAUUUCACAAACUGAACACUUGAGCUACAGUGCAGUCAUUCGAGAUUUAAAAGGAUACAAGAUGCAGUCAGGUUCCAUACUUUACGUUGGGUUAGCAGUAGUGCUCCUUUGCAGCGCACUUACCGAGGCAAGAUAUGCAGGAGAAAGAUCCGCUUUAACAGAUUUACUAUUGGCAAGACUCCUGGCCAGUGAGAAGAGAGAACUCCCGUCCCCGCCGACAGAAGCCGAGGAUUCAACUUUGUUUGACGUACUAUCUGACAUGCUUAAAAAGAGCUCUGACGAUUGUACCAAUUGGUGUGAAGAAUUAUUGUCAGAUGAAGAUAAUGGAUACGGUGGAGACUUUAAAAAGUGUUAUAAAGAUCAAUGUGAAAAAUAAAUCAGCCAAUAGAAACCUGGACAUGAAAGAGUAUAGUCAACUAUUACUAUUUGCAAUUAGAAGAAUGAGAUAGCGUCCCUUUAUUUUGAAGUGAUGAAAAAUGUUGAUUGUUGAAAUAAAUCACUGUUUUAAAAAUGAAAUAAAAUACUAUUUUAUUGUUUAACCCUCAUAUGUUUCAAACAUUAACGAGGGGGAUCGGGU